UUGUUAGACUUGCUACAUAAGUUAAUACAAGAAUUAACUAAAUCUGUAAAAAAUUUGCAUCCAAAAUAAUAAAAUUGAUACUUAGAGUGACGUUAGUGAUAACGUCUUUAUAUUAUUUCAUCAUAGGGCUAUAUCAUAUCAUGAAUUGUACAAGUUUAAUUAAUGAUAUAUCGCAACAUGAUAUACAUACCAUUACACUCAAGUGCGUUGCUAAGUGUAAUGAAAUAUUAACGGAUAGUUGUAGUAGUGAAGAAAAAAAAAACACAACGAAGUGCUUGACUAAAUAACAUCCAAAACUCAGUAAUCAGAAUCGGAUGUAUACAUUAACCUCAAUGAAAUAAACUUACGAGAUCUUUGACAUGUUCGAAAUAGUCAUAAGAAAAUGGAAAAUGACGCGACGGAAAUUCGCCUCGAAAAAACAGCCACGAUAACAGCGAAACAUCUUGAACAGAGAGCAAAAAAUGAGCCCAACAAUGAACCGUACCCUGGAGGAUGGAGUCCCCUUUUGGUACUGGCCGGUAUUACUUGCUGCUUGGGCUCAGCCCUACCAGCUGGUUAUAAUAUUGGUGUCAUAAAUAACCCUGCUGAUCUAAUGAAGAGAUUUUGUAAUGAAACAAUCGAAAAACGUUUUAAUGUCCAAUUAACAGAAGAGACGUUAAAUAUAGUUUGGGCAACUGUUGUUUCAAUUUUUCUGGUCGGAGGAGUAACAGGUUCCCUAUCUGCAGGUUGGUUAGCUGAUAAACUGGGCAGAAGAGGUGCUCUCGCAAUUGGCAACACUUGCGGAAUAAUCGGAGCAAUAUUUUUCAUAUCUGCUAAAGCUGCGAAUUCAGUAGAAAUCCUGAUGGUGGGCCGAUUAUUUGUAGGACUUUCCGGAGGUCUGGCAACAAGCCUUGUGCCGAUGUACAUGACAGAAACAGCACCUUUAAAAUUGAGAGGAGCAGUGGGAGUGCUUUGCCAAUUGGGCAUUACCUGUGGCGUGUUGUUGGGUCAAAUUGUAAGUCUCGAUUCUACUUUGGGAACUGAAAACUCUUGGCCCAUCAUGCUAGUUGCAUUUUCACCUCUUUGUUUAACUUCUUUGGGACUAUUAUUUGUGUUGCCAGAGAGUCCAAAAUAUUUAUAUGUCAUCAGAAGUCAAGGAGGAAAAGCUAUUAAGGAACUCAGCCGUCUGCGGAAUAUGGACGUAUCUCUACUGAGUAACGAAGUAGCGAGUUUAGACCAAGAAGCAGUUACCGCCGAAGCAACGGAGAUUUGGACAAUUGGUCGCGUGGUGAAAGAUCCUUCUCUUAGACUACCACUACUACUUGUUUGCACUAUGCAAGCUGGGCAACAAUUGAGUGGUGUCAAUGCAGUAUUCUUCUAUUCGAAUAAAAUAUUUCAAGAAGCCAAAUUAGGAGAAACUGGUGCCCAAUAUGCGACUCUUGGAACCGGUGUAAUCAACGUAGUCAUGGCGUUGAUAGCAGUGCCAGUAAUGUCUAUCUUUGGAAGAAGAACAUUAUUCCUCCUUAGCUGUUACUUGGCUGUUGGCUGUUUGACUUUCCUCUGUUUUGCAAUUAUAUUUAUAGAAGCUGCUGCCGUUAUGCCUUGGCUUUGCAUGAUAGCUGUCUUGGCUUAUGUCUUAUUCUACGGUCUGGGUUUGGGACCUAUACCAUAUUUCAUAGGCUCAGAGCUAUUCGACGUUGGACCACGACCUGCAGCCAUGGCUCUAGGAGGUGUUUCUAACUGGGGUGCUAACUUCAUUGUCGGAAUGGGAUUUGAAUCUGUGAUGACCAUAAUUGGACCGUACAGUUUUCUCAUAUUUUCUGGCUGCACUUUAUUACUUGCACUUUUCAACAGGGUUUACUUACCAGAGACACGUGGUAGAGAUACUAUGGAAAUAUCAGCGACUAUGACCAAAGGAUUUAAAUCAAGACCUAAUUACACACCAGUUGCUCAAUGGCGGCCCUAAUUUCAAUGGAUCUUUGAAUGGAGGAACUAUUCUAUGUCAAUAUGGCUCUACCUCAUAACGAAGAGGUAGCAUCCAACAAAAGUAUAAGAGUAAUGUACUUAACGAGCCUAGUACAAAGUAGCAGGUUUAUUACGAAUGAGCUGGCAAAACCUUCAACUGUCAGACUGUAUAAUGAUCAACAUUUAACUUUGGGAUUUUUUUGUAAUAUGAAAAUACAAAAAGAAGUCUGAGAUAAUUAUUUUUGGUAUGAAUUUUGUAAUAUAUUACAAUUUGACUUUUCAAGUUUAUCUUAAUUCCUACAUUCUUUUUAUACAUAUUAAAACAUUUGCACAACAUGUUGUAGCACAGAAUUGUUGAGAAAAAUAAUUUCGUGUUACAAUAAAUAAUAUAUUUUUAUACACCUAAUAAAUUGAUUAUUGCUAUUAACACAUUAUUGAGAUUCGCUUGUUAACUUUGUGUAGAAUUUAUCUAGCUCAUCAUAAAAUACCAAACAUAAAACGGUAUGAGGAGCUAUUCUCAACCACGUUGGGAAUGUACCUUUGUACAGUCCGUAAAUUCCUUCUUUCUUGGCUAUCUUAAUCAAGGCAUCGAAUACGCCAUUGUACAAAAGCCCUUUACCCUUUGCAUCGACUCCUGUAAAAAUCAAUACGAAAUUAUUCUGAGACCCAAAACUUCUUACUAUUUACGAUAAUUAGUGCAAUGUAUGUAGCUUCCAGUCCGAACUACCUAGUAAAAAUGAAUUUUUUUAUCUUCAUCAUCCAUUUACCUUGAUUAUAUAGUCUUGUUGCAACGACAUCGAAUGGUUGCAUAGUUAAGGCUGGACAAGUACCGCCCACAAAACUAGCCAAAAAUGUUAACAAAACUGGAUGAUCAGGAAAUAACUGCAACAUUAAUAUAUUUAUGUAAAAAUAACCAAUCAAUAUGAAAUGCUUUGUUAUGUGAUUAUUUAAUGCUUGUAUACAUUUAUAGAUUUCAACCAGUCCGAUGCCAAACUAAACGAUGUUAGCUGUGUUGCAGAUCCUACAAAAAGUCUGGGAACACCAGCGUUCCACCCACGAUAAAAACUUUUGAAUCCCCCUUCUCUCCACAAAUUUCGGAACGCAGCCCACGUGCUAACGUGACCGUGCUGGUGGCCGACUGCUAUAGAAGAAGCAGCUUGAGCUUGUAAUUGUGUUUUGACCUAAAAAGAUCAGAUAAUAUAAACUCAAAAUUGCUGCUAAUAUUUGUAAUUUGGCAAGAUAAGCUUUCGGAUGAAUCGACUGAAGGAAACAUCUUUGCAAAGAUCAAUUUGAAAACAGAAUAUUGCUCAUUUACCAUGUACAAAGGACUACCAAUAAUAGAUGCCACAGCACCUGCAGUACCAGAUAUUACUGCGGUCUUUACAAUACUGGUUUUUCCAUACUUGUUCAAAGUCCAUUUGUGCUUUUUUGCAAUAUUGUAAGUUCCUAGCCGAACUCCAUUUAGAACCAGUUGGAAUCCAAUAGCCGGUAUAAAGCCG